GAGAGGAGGUCGGUCACGGGAAAGGGGACGGGGAAGGGGCCGUGGAAGGGACCGCGGACCCUUCGAACGCGAGGGCGAGUGGCGCCGCGCCGAUAAUGAACGCGAGAAGGGAAACGAGCGGUUUGCGUGGCGUCGCGGCGGCGGCGAAUGCGAGGGUGAAGAGGGGUCCGGUGGCGGUGGUGGCUGGCCCCGUGGAAACCGCAGCGGGUAUAAUAACAGUUAUAAUCAACGUGGUGGCGGAGGCGGUCGCGGCUCUCGCAACUACGGCUCCGGCCCACGGAGGGAGCAGUGGUCCAACUGGCGACAGGGCGACAGUGCGCGUGAGGGUGGAGAGGGGCAGCCGGAGGCCAGUCGCAGCGGUGGAGACAACUACGACGCUGAACGGGGGCACAGGGAGCGCGGCCGCGGAGGUCGUUUCUUUGGGGGCGAGCGCGAAUUCGAAGAAAGGGCUCAGCGCCGGCCGCAAGAGACGACCGACGACGCGGAACCGCCACAGACUCAACAAGCGCCAGAGGAGCAGCAGCAGCAGCAACAGCAACAACAACAACAACAACAACAACAACAGCAGCAGCAGCAGCCACCCACGCAACAAGGGCGUUUUGACGUUGAUUCCUACGAGCGCCCGCGUGGACGGGGACGCGACCGCAACUACCGCGGCAGGGGAGGUUACUCCAGGGAUUCCGAGGAGGAGAGUCAGCAGCGGCGGCAACCACAGCCAGAGGCACAAGAGCCACCGCAGCGGCAACACGUGUCGGAGGAUCCAAUUUCGACUAACCCUAGUCGCACACAACGUGCCCCACAUUUGCGCAAGAAUUGCUACGACGAGAGAGAAGUAGAGCAACUCUUUGAGCAUCAUCAUCAACAGAAGGGUAUUUCCCUAGACAAUUAUGCCAAUAUCCCGGUCGACAUCAUUCCCAACAAUGUUGAACCUGUGGAAAGUUUUGAGGACCUUUUUGUGGAGCCUGCGCUCAGCUUGAACAUUGCAAAGUGUGGGUACAAACAACCCACACCCGUGCAGCGUUACGGCAUCCCCGUCUGUCUCAACGGUGAUGACUUGAUGGCGUGUGCCCAGACGGGCUCUGGAAAGACGGCGGCAUUUCUUGUCCCUGUCGUUCACUACAUCCUCAAACACGGCGUGUCUCCUUCUCGAAACCGUGUUAGUUACCCGAUUGCCGUCAUUAUGGCCCCUACACGUGAAUUGGCGUUACAGAUCUAUGAUGAGGUUCGUAAACUGACGUUUCGCACCGAUAUUUUCCAUGACGUGGUCUACGGAGGAACGCCGUACCCAACUCGUUUUGAGAAUGACAUUCUUGUCGCGUGCCCGGGACGCUUAAAGGACAUUUUCGAUCGUGGGAUUGUCUCCUUCAGCCGGGUAAAGUUUCUCAUCCUGGAUGAGGCCGACCGCAUGCUGGAGAUGGGGUUUGAGGAGCAGAUUGAGUACCUUGUCGCCUCGCGCUACACGGACAUGCCAAAGACCACGGACCGACAGACGCUCAUGUUCAGCGCAACCUUCCCGCAGCGAAUUUUGAACCUCGCGAAACGCUAUCUCCGUCAGCACUACUACCUCCUCACUGUUGGUCGCGUUGGCUCGACGACGAAGAACAUUACGCAGCGGAUUGAGCGCGUGCAGGAGUCUGAGAAAAUGGACAAACUGUUUGAGGUGAUCUACCAGCAGAAGCAAACCGACCUUGUGUUGGUCUUUGUGGAAACCAAGCGCUCCGCCGAGGACCUUCAUUACGCCCUCAAGAGUGAAGGUAUUCCAAGCGCCACCAUCCACGGCGACCGCAAACAGUUUGACCGUGAACGCGCUUUGCGCGAUUUCAAGGAUGGCGUCACGCCAAUUUUGGUCGCUACCGAUGUUGCUUCGCGUGGCCUUGAUAUCCCAAAUGUUGCACACGUUAUCCAGUACGAUCUGCCAAAGGAAAUGGACGACUACACGCACCGCAUUGGACGCACUGGACGUGCCGGCAACAAGGGCACAGCCACCUCCUUCUACAACAAGAACAACCGCAACCUCACCGUGGACCUGUACAAUUACCUGAAGGAGCACGAGCAGGAUGUUCCCUUCUGGCUCGAAGAGGAGAAGGAAAACGUGGAGGGGGAGCGCUUUUUGGGCGUGAGCCGCGGCCGUGGUGGUGGCGGGAGACGUGGUGGCGGUGGCGACGGCCAGCGCGCGGCACCGACGCUGUCAAACUCCACAUGGGGCGAAUCCGCACCGGCGCGCGGCCGCUCCAGAGGCCUCGGUCGGAGUCACAACGCCGCCAACGUGGACGACGGUGGUUUUUGA